UGCCUUCCUUACCCCGUAAGCGACCAAGAACCAAACUCCUAUUCCAAAACCCCACCUCCACGCCACCGCGCCGCGCCGGCAAUCCGUCCAACACCUCCCUCCUCUCCCCCUCCUCGUCGCCGCCGUCACGCCUCCUCCCAUUGCCGCCCCUACCCCCACGCAAGCCCUAACCUCCCUCCCUGCUUCCUAUAUAGCCACCACCACGCGCUCACCACCCGCCCCAACCACUUGCUGACAAAGAUGGCGAUGGCGUCCGCGUCCGCUUCUGAGCCUGCAGCUGCGGCGGCGGAGGGGUCUGCGCCGGUGCCCGCGCUGCCGGCGGCGGGUGGCCCCGAGAUCGCCUUCUUCGACGUGGAGACCUCGGUCCCGCAGCGGCCGGGGCAGGGGUACGCGCUGCUCGAGUUCGGCGCCAUCCUCGUCUGCCCGCGUCGCCUCGUCGAGGUCGCGUCCUACGCCACGCUCGUACGCCCCGCCGACCCGGCCUCCGCCGUCUCCGCCGCGUCCGUGCGGUGCAACGGCAUCACGCGGGACGCCGUCUCCGGGGCGCCGAGCUUCCGUGACGUCGCCGACGCCAUCUACGACCUCCUGCACGGUCGGGUCUGGGCAGGGCACAACAUUGUGAGGUUUGAUUCCGCAAGAAUAAGGGAGGCGUACUCUGAGAUUAGCCUGCCACCUCCUGAACCGAAGGGGUUCAUUGACACCUUACCUCUGCUUACCCAGCGAUUUGGGAGGAGAGCAGGGGAUAUGAAGAUGGCAAGCUUGGCUAAUUACUUCGGCCUAGGGAGGCAAAGGCACAGGAGUCUUGAUGAUGUUAGAAUGAAUCUUGAAGUUCUCAAGUACUGUGCUACAGUGCUGUUCCUGGAGGCAAGUCUUCCAGAGGUUCUUACUGUUGAGAACUUGGUUGAGCGUCCAAUAACUAGGAGCCAAGCUAACGGGGCUGCUUCUCCUGAGGUGCCAAAACUUCAACCAAACUCGUCUCCUGAUUCUUCAAAACGUCAGCGGACAGUUUCUUCAGUUGACAUUACGAUGCCGGAGGGAGAUAAUCAGGGAACAAGUGAAUCCGUUGAGUUGUUAUCCCAUAUCGAGGAAAUGAAGUUAGAUGCCACUACGCAGAUGGAUGCAAGUUCCAGUGGCUAUUCUGGGUUUGUUGAGCCAGAUGAUGUUUCAACUGAGUUCAUCAAAAUCUCAGUUGCUCCAUUACACCAAUUUGGUCGGAGAACAUCUAUCCAACACAAGGAUACCCCACUGCAACUUUGUUGUGCAGGGUUGAAAGUCCAGUUUGGGGUCAGUACAAAGUUCCUAGACAAUGCAGGUCGGCCAAAGUUGAACAUAGUGGUUGAGAUCCCUGAGAAUCUCAGUAAACUUUUAGAAUUCUGCGAUGAUCUUGCUCGGAGGUCAUCUCAGGAAUCCGGCAGCACUUCCGAAUGGAGACCCCUGAUCAAGAAGUAUGGAUACGUGAAUCGUCCGACUGUCCGCAUAAACAUCCCUACUAUGGUCAACGGUGACUCUACGAUGUACUCAACAGAUAUAUGCCAGAAACAGCCUAGUGGUAACAUUCAGAAGCUUGUUUUUAGCAAGGUCGAUGCCGCCAACUUGGACUCUCUAUUUGUUCGAGGGAACAUGGUGGAUGCGCUCUUCUCACUGGAACUAUAUGACUACCAACAAAAUGCUGGCAUUCGGUUGGUUGGAAAGAGGCUGGUUGUGCACUUACAAUAGCACCUGGUUUAGUUGUUAUGAUCCUAGUGCUAGAAACUAACUCUUGCACUAACUUAGUGAUCCAAGUCUUUAACUGACCAUAAGCAUAUGUUGAUGUUAAAUUAGCAUUCAAAUGUUGUAAAAUAUUUCUAUGUUAUUCAUUUGUAAAAAAUUGAAUGAUCAUUUCUUAUUCUGGUUC